CAUACGUUCUUCCCUUCCCAUAUUCAACAUUCUCUCUCUACAAAGACUUGGCCUUUGGCUUUGCAGUUGGCUUAGCCCUUUGCUUUGCUUUGAUUUUUUUUUUUUUUUCUGUACACCAUCAGCGGCAGCAGCGCCACCAUACUACCACAAAAAAAAGGGCUUUCACUCAAAACUCAAAAGAAUUUAUAACAUAAAAACAAACAAACAAAAGGUGGUAGAUGCAUGAACCACCAAAACACCAACGCUGUCAUCGUUUCUUUCUUUCUUCACUCUUCUCUUUUUUAACAACCUUCCUUCCUUGCUUACUUUAGGCCUUAAGAAAGAAAAAGAUUUAAAACUCCUAAAUCUUUUUUACAUAUUUUUUUUGUUUUUACCAGAUUUUAGUUUUACCUUAAAACCCGUCUCUCUCUGUUUCUCCCCGAUUUCUACGCUGUCUCAACCACCACCUUUUCUUUCUCUUUCUCAGGUACCAAACAAAUGAUAAAAGUAAUGACUUCUUUUCCUUUUGUUUAUUUAUCUUCUUCUUUGUAAUGGGUGGAUUUUUGCGGUUCCUGGUCACCGAGUCGUGGCCAUUUUUUUUUCUUUGAUGGGCUUAAAGGCUUUGGCUUUGUGGGUCCUUUUUUCUGUUUGGUUUUUGUGUGUUUUGGGGUUUGGGUUUUGUGGUUGCUUGUUUUUUCAGUGCCUCUGCUUCCAUGAAAGGUGGUAGGUUGGUGGGGUUGACUUAUUUUCCACGGCGAGAUAAUCGGGAUUUUUAUUAGGCAGACUCAUUGGACCGCUUUGUUAGUUUCACAUGAUGAAAGUUUUGGCUUUACUUUAUGCAAAUUAUGAUGAAUUUAUCUCUUUUUUUAACAAAAAAAAAAUUAUUGCUGAGCUUUAUGUAGCCUCGCCUCCUUAUCGGGUGCCUGUUUAACUUUUAGAAGUGAACACUAUUUCACCUGAAUAUGUGGUGACUAAAAACGUUUCGUGCGAUUUGCAUUGUUUUGUUCAUAUUAUUCUUUAAUUCCCUUUAUGAAUGAUUUCCGUUUUACCAGCAUCAGCUCUGUUUUCUUUUUUCAGAAAUCUAAUCCGUACAUGGGAUUGAACCCCUGCUUGUCUAUAUGUAGCAUUAUUGAAAUCAAACGUACGUGAUGAUGAGAAAAUAGUUGGUUUUCAGCCAACCAAAUUCUGUAUGAACUACUUCUGUUUGACAUUAAUAUUCGAUAACAAAAAGUUUAUUAACAUCUGGGAAUUUCACCUGGCAACUCCAUUUUCCUUGAAUUUCUUUGUCUAAAUUGCUUAGGAUCAUCAGAUUACUUUCAUUGACUCGUUGUUUUGAUGACCCAAAGGAACGGCUUUUUCUCCUUUUGCUAUAAACCUACGAUUGAUGAUAUCUUGUUUACUUAUCUGAUGGUCCCGUUUCCUAUAUCUCUCAGCCUUCUGUUUUUAUCUGCCAUGCUUAUUCAUUGUUCUAAUAUUUUCCUUUUUAAUGUUUGUCAUUUUCAAAUUGUUUAAUCCACUGAUAACUCGCCCAUCUUUGGUAAUCUUAGGAUCACAGACGCAGGGAUAAAUGCAAAGGACGAUAAACUAAACCAUUGUUCACUGAUUCAAGGAUCGUCAACAUGGUGAGCUUACGCAGACGCAAGCUCCUUGGACUUUGCUCUGGUAAGAGUCCCUUUUUUAAUCCACUUCCUAGAUUUUUUGAUAAUGGAAAUGGCCCUGAAAGUUCAAGUCAGAAUGCAAAGUCAGUCAUUGUGCAUCCCAUGCCCUCAGAUUCCGUCAACCACAUGUAUGGGAAAAGCAUUGCUAAGAUUGGGUCUGGAUCACCAAAUAUAUCUGGUUCUGGUUCAUCGAAAGAGCAUCAUAAUCAACAUUUUCCAGGGCAACCAAUCAAACGCAGGAAGCGACACAGGAGGAAACAUGUUCAAAACCAAGAACCAUGUCUAAUGAGGGGUGUAUACUUCAAAAAUAUGAAAUGGCAGGCCGCAAUAAAAGUUGACAAGAAACAAAUUCACUUAGGGACUGUUGGUUCGCAAGAAGAAGCUGCCCGAUUAUAUGACAGAGCUGCUUUCAUGUGUGGAAGGGAGCCGAACUUUGAGCUUCCGGAGGAGGAAAAGCUAGAGCUUAGGAAGUUCAAGUGGGAUGAGUUUUUGGCUUAUACUCGCCGUUCAAUUACUGAUAAAAAAUACAAGCGAAGGGUUGAGGCUGGACAACCGAAGCGGUUUGAACCUGCAAUAGAAAACGGUGACUGGGACAGCAAACAAGGAGCCUAUAGCUUCUCAGCUUCAGAAGAGGUGGGACUAGACUCUUCAGCCUGAUGAAAACUAGUAGUUUGAGAAUUGGGAUGAAAAAUCUGGUUUCAGUAGUUAAAUUCUAGUUGACAGGGUCUCCAUUUUUGGUUCUAUAAAGGCCCCUAUUAGGACAAGUAAUGAUAUAUAGAUCCCAUUAUCUGCUUGUUAGCAGAUAUCUGUAGUGUUUAACCCAAUAAGAAGUGGUAAAUAUUAGUUGCAUCAUGACCAUUGUUGUUAGACCAGAUGAAGGGCAUGGAAAAAGGCUAUACUGCCUUAUUUUGUUUUCGCCAAAGCAGAACCCUGAACAUGUUUUCAGGUCAUUGUUGCUGUUCAUGUACUGCAAAAUUCUGAAUGCUCGAAAAAACUUUGUUUAGAAGAAGCAUUAAUCCUUCAUAGUUACAGUUAUGGCAAUUGUACUCCAUCUCUUUGGUCCAUCUGCUAUUACUUGGGGGGGACAUUUGAGGGUUCCUGCUCAGGUGCAGCUGUAUUAAAAAUUUGUGUAUCAGGGCAUGAAAAGGAAGUUGAGACAAGGAGAUAUACAGAAACUUGGGUGCCUAGGAAAUCAUUUGAUGGACAUUUUUGUUUACAAUUUUUUUUUUCUGAUGGACUAUUCAAAUUUGGCUUAAUCUUAAUGAGGCAAUUAAACCAAAAAAA